CGGAACGUUCUGCUGUUAUGGGAGGGAGUUCGCGGACUAAACUUAUAAUGUCGGUGACUGUGCGGCGUAAACUUCUAACCACUCAUAUAUACCGGAAGCAGUGAGUGAUUCGUGGAUCGAAAAGUACCUAGUCUCAACAUUUGGGAGCUGAGAACAGGAGCGUGGAAAAUAGUUCACGUGGAGCCCCUAAGACCCCGGACAGCCUAGCAUCGCACUCGCCCACGGCCACGGUAACUUUUCCAAGGUUAUGUAUGCAAGUAUUUCACAAAACAGGGAAAACUGAAGUGGUCUAAGCCGUGUUGCUGAUCCAGGUCAUGUCAAAGACGAUGCAAAAAGUGUAGUAAUUCAAAACCGUGUGUUUUAAAAUCUGAUGUUUCUCUGGUGCUGCGAGGGACGGACAGAACAUCUCAUUCAUCCCCCGAUUUGGAGCUUUUGAGCCAUGGCAGCAGAGGAGCCAGGGGACGCCUGCUCAUCAUCAGCCUGGCGGCGGCGCCAAGAAGUGCCUGAAAAACCGAACUAUGCCCUCAAAUAUACUCUGGUGGGGCAUUCGGCAGCAGUGUCAUCAGUUAAGUUUAGUCCUGACGGGGAGUGGCUAGCAAGUUCUUCUGCUGAUAAAGUAAUUAUCAUUUGGGGAGCCUAUGAUGGGAAAUACAAGAAAACACUAUAUGGUCACAGUCUGGAAAUAUCGGAUGUUGCCUGGUCGUCAGAUUCUACUUGUCUUGUUUCUGCUUCAGAUGAUAAAACUCUAAAAAUAUGGGAUGUGAGAUCUGGAAAAUGUUUGAGAACACUACAGGGGCACAGUGAUUAUGUCUUUUGUUGUAAUUUCAAUCCUGCUUCCACCCUGAUCGUUUCAGGAUCUUUUGAUGAGAGUGUCAAAAUAUGGGAAGUGAAAACAGGAAAGUGCCUAAAGACUCUGACUGCUCAUUCUGACCCCGUUUCUGCUGUUCAUUUUAAUAGUACGGGCUCCUUGAUAGUGUCGGGUAGCUACGAUGGCCUCUGUAGAAUCUGGGAUGCUGCCUCAGGUCAGUGUUUAAAAACACUUGCUGUUGAUGAUAAUCUUCCAGUGUCUUUUGUAAAAUUUUCUCCAAAUGGUAAAUAUAUUCUCACUUCAACUUUGGACAGUACUCUUAGACUAUGGGAUUACAGCAGAGGCAGAUGCUUGAAGACAUACACUGGUCAUAAGAAUGAGAAAUACUGCGUAUUUGCCAGUUUUUCAGUUACUGGUGGAAAGUGGAUUGUGUCGGGUUCUGAAGAUAAUCUGGUUUACAUUUGGAAUGUUCAGACGAAAGAGAUUGUACAGAAGUUACAGGGUCAUACAGAUGUUGUGAUAACAGCAGCUUGUCAUCCUACAGAAAACAUCAUUGCAUCCGCAGCAUUAGAAAAUGACAAAACAAUUAAACUAUGGAUAAGUGACUGCUAAAACCUUUGGAAACCAAGUAGCAAAGCCAGGCUCGCAAAGAACAUAGAUGUUUGAGUCAGGUGAUGGCGCAUGCCUGUAAGCACUCUGGGAAGCAGAGGCAAAAGGAUCACAAGUUCAAGCCCUGCUGGGG